AUGAUAUUAUUUUUAAUCGAAUCACGAAUAGUUACAUUAAAAACAUUUUCUGUUGGGGCCGGGAUGGCUAUGAUAGAUGGCCGGCCUGCCCAGUAUGGGAUCACCCUCAAGCAGCUGCGGGACCUCAUGGAACACCGCGGCAGGGAGGGUGUACAAAAAGUCAAUGAAUAUGGAGGUGUACAGGAAUUAUGUAAAAAAUUAUAUACACAUCCAAAUGAAGGACUUAGCGACGUAAAAGUAGAUAUAGAACAUAGAAGAGAAACUUUUGGAUCUAAUACAAUACCUCCAAAGCCGCCGAAAACGUUCCUUCAAUUAGUAUGGGAAGCUUUGCAAGAUAUGACCCUUAUAAUUCUCGAAAUUGCUGCCCUAGUCUCACUCGCAUUAUCAUUUUACCAUCCAGCUCCAGAUGCAGAAUAUAAAAUCGAAGGUGGCGGUGUGAGAUUUAUUUGA